UUUUUUUGAAAGGGCUUAAAGCCAUUUUCGUUGACCAUGAAAAUUACUUUUAUAUCCCUUAUAUUUUAUUUUAAUUCCCAAAAUACCCUCCUACCCUAAAAUUCACGAUCUGUUUUCAUUUCAUUCUCCAACAACGCAGCCUCUUCAUCAUCUUCUACAACAUAGCAGCUUCCACGAUGUGUGUUCUUCAUCUUCUACAAAACCCAAAACUUUCUUCACUCCCACACUCUCUUUCUCUCUCUAGAAAUUUCCCCAAAUCGUUGGGUUCUUAAAAAAUGUAAAGUUGUAAAAAUCAAUGUUGAAAAUAGCUUGAGUUCUUCAAGUUUCUACUGAUCUAGGCUGCAAACUCAAAUGUCCGACAAAAUUCAUUGCACUUAUUGCUGGAUCUAUUCCCUCUUGAAGAUCCUGAUGCGACAAAGGAGGCGAAAGACACACUUCUUGAUAAACAAUUCUUUCUACUGGACAAGUUACUUGUGGAUGAGUGCCCCGAUGUGCGGGUUGUAGCAGUUGAAGGUUGUUGCCGCAUUCUUCAUUUGUUUUGGGAAAUUAUCCCUUCACCAACAAUCACAAAAACUCUUACCAAAAUCUUCGAACAUAUGAUACAUGACUCAUGCCCUGAAGUCAGGUUGUCAACAGUAAAUGCUGUGAUAUACCUACUUGGAAACCCCCAUUCUCACGACAUCCUUAAAGUGCUAUUACCAAGAAUGGGUCAUUUGAUUAAUGAUAUUUCUCCUCCAGUUCGUGCUGCAGUUGUAGAUCUCCUUCUCGCUUUAACGGAUUUAAGAAAAUUUCAGUUUCGAGUUGAUGAAGAAGGAACAAAUAGUAUUGGUGGCUAUGACAAAGAACACUUUAUCAAUCCUAGUGAUGAAGGGAAUGAUGAAAGUGAUGAUAUACAGAAUGUGGAUUCUAUUAUGUUUCCUAAGCCGUCACUUAAAAGACGAGGUUCAAUUGAUGAUACCGAAACUAGCAAUCAAGUAAAAAAAAAUAAGGCAAAAUCUGGUGCGGCAUCAAUAAGAGAGGAUAUACACUCUCUAGUGGAGUUUAUGUCUAGUAAAAGCACUGCUACAUCCCCUUCGGUAGAUGAUCCCGUCAUCGAUAAGUGUAUGAAUAUGUUGGCAAAUUUUUCCGAUAUUCCUGCUGGGUGUGGAAAGUACAACUAUGUUUGCAACAUGUUUCUUAAGAAGGAUGUACGUCAACUGUUUCUUAAGAUGGAAACUGAUGAAGCUCGGAAAUCUUGGUUGGAGUAUAACUAUCAGUUACACCUUCAGAAAAUGGGCUGAUUGCGUUGCUAUGGUUAAAUGUUUUUAUUGUUUAAUGUUCAAACAUUAUGGUUGUGCGUGUAAACUUUACUUAUUGCUUCUUGUUUAGACAUUGCGGUUGUAUCCCUAAAUCUUAUGGUUGUACGUCUAAACUUUAUGUAUUGUUAAUGUUGUGUUGACGUUGUGGUUGUAUCCUUAGAC